AUGGACAACAAGGAGUUAAUCGAAUACUCUAAGUCUCAGCUCAAAGAAGAUCCUGACAUGGCCUCAGCAGUAGCUGCCAUCCGGACUUUGCUGGAGUACUUGAGAAGAGAUGCACGGGUGACAACCCAGGGCCUGAGGGCGAAUCGCACCAGGGCCACAGAAACCCCGUGGCAUGCUCUUCAGCGGCCAUGUCGUUGUGCGGUGAGCUCUUCCUGGGCUUCAGCAGCCUUACCUCCCUGGAAUACUCUGAUUACUCCAAAUGUAAAAAGAUCAUGA